AUGGCAAUAUUAAUCGGCAAUAAUACAACAUUAGCAUUAAACUCAGAUGAUUAUAUUCGAAAUGAAAUAAAUCAAUAUGUAGCAAAAUUGAAUUUUAUUCUUAUAUUUGUUCAAUCAUUUGUUUCAAUAAGUGGGAUAUUUGGAAAUAUGCUUGCAUUAAUUGUUAUUAAUAAAAAAUCAUUACGAAAUACUUCAUCAGCUGUAUAUAUAACAUAUAUGGCAAUAUUCGAUAGUGCAGUUCUUCUUCUUCAUUGUGCAAGUUUAGCACAACCACGUCGAAAUCUUUUUAUUCAUUGUUCAUUAAUAUAUUUAACGGAUUUAUUUAGUAUUUGUGCAAAUUGGGUUUUAGUUAUUAUAACAUUAGAACGUUGUGUUGCUGUUGCUUCUCCAUUUCUUGCUAAACGUUUUUGUACUGUUCAUUCGGCACGUUAUUCUGUAUAUAUUCUUAUAUCAAUAGCAAUUCUAUUAUUUUCUGCAACAUUUCCGAUAAUUUAUCAUACAGACGUAACUUCAAAACGAGCAAAAUGUAAAAUUCGUCCAGCAUUCGGAUUAAUUCAUCGGAUAUAUCAACCAAUUGUAUUCUAUGUUCUACCAGAUAUUUUACUUUUAUCAAAUUUAUUUACUGUUUAUUCUUUAAUUCAACGACGUAGACAACAAAAACGAUUAUCAAAUGAUGAUAAAUUCGAACUUCGUGUUAACGAUGUUCAUUCAAAUCGUAAACAACGACAAUUAACUAUUAUGCUUGUUACAGUUAAUUUUACUUUUUAUUUAUUUUCAACGCCAGCAUUAAUUUUUUUCAUAGGCGAAUAUACGCCACCAAAACAUCCUGAAAUAAAUAAACUUAAACGUUCUUUUUUCUUUACUCAAACAUCUGUUCUUCUAUUACAAUUACAUCAUGCUACAAAUUUUAUAUUUUAUUGUUUUACUGGUCGACGAUUUCGUGAAGCAACAAUUGAAACAUUUAAUCAAUGUUCAACUCAAUUAAAAAUUUUCUAUCAUCGAUAUUUUCUAUGCGACAAAUAUUAUCGAGUUUCAUCUGAUUAUCAAAUGACAAAUAUACCAAGUACAAAUAAACCUAAUCGUUUAUUAGACAAGGAAUAUUCUUCAAAAUAUACGAAGAGAACAACUAUUUAG